GACACCGUCCAAAGAAGCCAAGAUGACGGGUGCUGUGAUGCAGUGAGCAACAGGCAGGAAGGAAGGAAGGAGCAAGGGGUGGCACAGCUGUCAGGAUUUCUUCUAAACAGAUAAACAUCGGAACACCAUCAACUCAUUAUUAUUCGAUGGUGGCAAACAUCAGAAAGCCACCAUCAAAUGGUAAAAACACUACCAUCACAAGAAAACACAUUAGAGUUAGAUGUCCAUCCCUACUGCGGGGCCUGUGAUUGGUGAAAGACCUGCAACAUGUUCCAGAGACGGUUCCGCAGCCGCCUACGGCAUCUCGCCACGAUGUUGUACGUGCACACAAAGUGCUCCCUCUCAGAGAGGUUGAUGAGAGCAAUUUCUGGCAUCGAUCCUCUGCCCGGAGACACUGUGGCGUCUCUUAUCCGCAAGGGAGCUAACGUAAACCGUCCUGGCUACUCCCAGAUGCCGCUACACAGCGCCUGCGUGGAGUGUAACGCAGACUACGUGGAGCUGCUGCUGAGAAGCGGAGCUUGUGUACACUCUCUAGACGUGUAUCAGCGCACGGCCCUGCACUGUGCAGCAGAGAAGGAUGAGACCUGUGUUAAGAUUCUCCUGGAGUACAGCGCUGACCCCAAUGCCCCAGACGGGAAUCAGGACACUCCCUUACACUGGGCUGCUUUUAAAAAUAAGGUGGACUGUGUACAGGCGCUACUGGAAGGUGGCGCUAAGGUGAAUGCCAGAGACCAUAACCUGGACACCCCGCUGAGCUUAGCUGCUAUGAAAGGCAACCUGGAGUCUGUGCGGUCGCUUCUGGAAUACGGGGCACUGCCAGACACUAUGAACCGCAAAGGUUACUCCCCAGCAGGGCAACUAGUAACUCUUCUGGGUCGUGGCCUGGCAGGGGAGAGGGAAGAGGAAUGCCUUGCACUGCUGCACAGAGCUUGUGUGAAGAUCCGGUUUAGAAGAGAGGGUGGGUUGCCUCACGAUGCUGCUCGCGUUUCCCAUCUGUGGCAGCGCCUUGCCAAACUCAUGUCUGACCCCGGUACCUUGAAAGCUUUGGCAAGAAGAGUGGUGAGGGGCAGCCUUGGUGAAUGUCUGUUGUCUCGGGUGGUGCCUGAGCUGCCUAUUCCAAAAACUAUACAGGGCUAUGUUCUACUUGUAGAAUAAGUACAUUGGAUUGUCAUCGAACAUACCUGAUAGUUGGUGAAUCCAGUGACUGGACAUUGGUGCUUCAUUCCUGACAGAUGGCUGUCCGCCUCCGCAGUUUGUGAGAUGCCUUAAGGAGGCAACCUGCAGCCUGGUAUGGCCACCUGGAUGACCACAGAGAAGGGAACCCAGUCUAAAAUGAAUGAAGUAACAUUGGGGCAGAUGUAUUAAGCCUGACAAAGUGGAAGGUGAUAACGCACCGGCCAAUCAGCUCCUGACAAGUUACAGGCUGGGUUUGAAAAAUGACAGGAGCUGACUGGUUGGAGUGUUAUCACUGAUAAAGCUGAUUAUUUACCUUAGAACACAAGCUAUUUACUAAUAUCGUGAAGCCGUAAUGGCCGCUGUCCCUCGUGCACAUGCUACGCACUUCGUACGCUAUUUGCGUACAAAGACCUCGCACGUGGUACGCAAGUUACGUACACACGCUGUGCUGUGAGUACGGGAUACACACAGCGAGCGUACACACAGAUAAUAACCUUUUAAACCUUACACAGAGUAUGCUUAUACUGUAAUUCUUAGUGUUGAGAUACUACAAUGAUAUAACACUGUUUAACCUUGGUCUGUAAGCUAGCUGUUUGAGCGAUUGAGACGCUCCGAUUACCCUCAGCAAUGUAAUAAACACACAAUACCUUGCUAAGGUUCCAACACCUUUACUAACAAUAUUUAGCUAAGUAAAAGAGAAAAAAAACCGUUAACAGUUCAUACACUACAGGCUAACAUAAAUAUCUAACAGAAUAACUAGACAGAAAUAUACACAACAGCGAACGAUCGCAAACACAAAUACAUAGACUAAGAAUGAAUGGCUAACAUUAAACGGGUAACAAAGUGGCCACAGAGAAACAUACCAUACGGGGAACACUCGCUAGCGCAACCGGAUCCAGUCCUCCAAUUAUCAGAGAUAAAUGUUGAUGAGAGAGAGUACUGGCCGGUCUGGGGACAGUGACCCUUAUAUACACAACAUACAGUGUACUACAAAGGGCCCUACAAUCUUAUUGUUCAUUGGACACAGGAAUGUCUCCUCGCAUCAUAACAAAAGGCCAUAGGUUAGUUUGAACAGGUGGGCUGUGACUAUAUCAAACUGCUCAGGUGGGAGGGAAUCUCAGAAUUCCCGCCGCAUGGAUAAUGAACCGCAAAUAUAGUAAAUGUCCAGAAACUACUAAUAGACAUAACUAUACGCAGGAGCGAUUAAUCUUUACCUAACCAGCACCGGAUUGUUUCUAAUAAAAUGUUCUUUAGUUAGGUACCAAACACCACUGCUCAAACCCUGUCUGACCCUUCGUAUCAUGCAAAGAGGAAUCCCUCUGUCCAGCGACCAGUUACAAUAAACAAACUUACAGUUAUUAUUAAGGGGAACAUUACCUAUAAAACAUACUAUUUGGAUUUACUAUGUAACAUUUGAGUCGCCCGCUAGACGCACACAAACCCUACCGUAAAUGCACAUACCACGCGCUCGAGCGCAUGGCCGAGGAAGCGCCAUCACGCAGCUGCGAGUAUCCGCACGCACGGGAGAGAAUGUGCACGUGCAGCGGCACGCGCAUGGGGUGGAUAUAUGGCAACGUGUAGCAUGAUAUUUUUCCGACUUUGACAGUUCACCCUUUGGCAGUCAUCAAUAACUGCCACUUCCUAAAACAGUUCAAAAAAGAAAAAUAUAUGUCAUCAUGUAAAUACCAUUUUAUGAUUGGGUGAAGGGAGGAGAGGAGAAGGUGGGAAAAAGGUAUGACCUAGUGAGAUAGUAGAAGCAUGUGUGUAUGAAUCCAUGUUUGAGGGGUCAUGUAUCAUCGCGCCGUACGUGUUUUAAAUCAAGCUUCGAGGUAUUGCGAAGUAUACAUUUGAAUCCUUCUUAUCCCUUAUCAGGGAUCUGUGGUUGGGCUGUCAAACUCUACCGAGCUCUUUUCGGCUUUUGGUUGCAACAAAUGGGGAGCACAUUUAGUUGAUGAUACAUGAAGGGGGGGGACAUGUGAAUGCUGAUAUAUGUGUCUAUAUUCCCUGUCGACUAUGUGUGUCAUUACCUGGAGGUUGUAGAGAUGAAGAUAAGAAACAAUCGUUAUAAAUGCAGUCGUAAACUAUGUGAGUUUAAAUAAACAGUCGCUGAUUGAGGUCUUGUCUGAUGUCUUGUCUUGAUGUACAUGUUGUCUGAUGUCUCUCGGUGCUUUUGCUAUAAAUAUCGAGCAAAAGUUGUUCCAUUG